AUGUUACGUCGACUGCCAAAAUAUCUUCGGGAAAGAUUUGCAGUUGUAGCUUGCGAUCUAGAAGCGAAAGAAGACCGGUUUCCUACAUUGAACGACAUUGCAAGCUUGCUCGACAAGUUGGCAAACAUUGCCAAUCACCCGAUAAACGCAAGCAAUACCGAUCAACAAGAAGUACCAGGACUAGCCAAGGGAAAGAUGAAAUAUGGUGCAAAGAUGGCGUGUGCUAUGGGCGUCCAAGGAGACGACAGCAGAAAUAUUUACAAGUCAGCCAAAGUCAGUACACCCUGUCCUUGUUGUUCUCAAGCUCAUCCAAUAUAUCGUUGUGAACUGUUCAAAGGUAAAACCCCUGGUAAAAUGUUCGAGCUGGCUAAGAGGAAAAACCUCUGCUGCAAUUGUCUAAAGAGAAACCAGGACCAACUUGGUAGAACAGUGAAACAUGCUGCCAGGUCUUGCCUUAGCAAAUUUAAAUGCAAAAUCGAAGGGCGUGGAGCAUCGCGCCACACUUUGUUACAUAAACCAGAACCUUUAAAGGAGACGGCUGAAGAGAAGGACAAGAAUAUCGAGCUCCAAACUGUUACCAGCAGCACAGCCACAUCGAAAGAACAUCAUGCUGUACUUCUAAGAGUAAUUCCUGUGCGUGUUAUUGGAGAACGGCAAGUCGCGACCACAUACGCAAUGUUGGACUCGGGCUCGGAAAUCACUCUAGUAGACCCGUCAUUGGUUAAACAAGUAGGAGCACAAGGGCAUCUCGAUAAACUAGUGGUGUCAAGAGAAUGUUGUACAACACGGCUAUCGCAUAAAUCUAUCAGUGGAAUCUCUUAUCGAUGA